AUGAAGAAUGCCACUGUUAGCGAAAGCUACGAGAAAGAACGCAACCUCGACUCUAUCGAAGACACCAAGCCUGGUCCCUUCGUCUGGCUUUGCGCAACCGCCACCGCCAUCGGUGGUUCCCUCUUUGGCUACGAUACAGGAGUUAUCUCCGGCGUUCUCGUCGUCCUUGGUAACGACCUCAAUGGAAGACCAGUAACGGACCAUGAGAAAGAAGCCAUUACCGCACUCUGCGCCGCCGGUGCUUUCGUUGGCUCUAUCAUCGCUGGUCUGACCAGUGACAAAUAUGGUCGCAAGCCUGCUAUCUGGUUUGCUUCAGUUCUGUUCACCAUUGGUGCCGUCGUCCAAGCCGCAUCCUACAGUAUCGCUCAGAUGUGUGUCGGUCGUUUCCUCAUCGGUCUUGGAGUCGGUUCUGCUGCUAUGGUCAUUCCUCUCUACAUCGCCGAAAUCUCUCCUGCAAAGUACCGCGGUCGCAUGAUCUCAAUCGAUAUGAUCUUCCUAGGUACUGGUUCAGUCCUCGCUUACGCCUUCGCCGCUGCAUUCUACAAAGUCACACAUGGCUGGAGAUAUAUGAUUGGUCUCGGAGCUAUACCCUCGAUAGCGCUUGGUGUCUUCCUCUUCUUCUGCCCCGAAUCACCUCGUCAAUUGAUGGCACACGGCAAGCGCGAGGAAUGCAUCGCUGUUCUGAGAAAGAUUUAUCCUCAAGGCACCGAGGAGCAAAUUGCCGACAAGGUUCUAUCAAUUGAGAAUGGUGUCAAUGCGGCAAAAGCACUCAACGAGGAGGUCUCAUCACGCAAGGCAGUCAAGUAUCUGUUUACCAUCCCUGCCAACUUCCGUGCUUUAGUCGCUGCUUGUGGUUUGAUGUUCUUCCAGCAGUUCUGCGGUUUCAACACACUUAUGUACUACUCCGCCACUCUUUUCGACAUUGUUGGCUUCAGCAACCCCAUCGCUGUCGGAACCGUCGUCGCUGUCGUCAACUGGAUCUUCACCGUGCUUUCCAUCUUCAUCAUCGAUCGUGUCGGUCGUCGCCGUAUCCUACUCUGGACCAUGUGGGGCAUGCCCGUAUGUCUCGCACUAGCCGCCGCCUGCUUCCACUACAUUCCUCUCGACCUCAAGACCCUUCAACUCACCGACGACAAGAUCGGCUGGCCUGCAUAUGUCGUCCUCGUCUCUAUGAUCCUCUUCGUCGCCUUCUACGCCGCUGGUCUAGGCUGUGUACCCUGGCAAGCCAACGAGUUCCUCCCCAUGGAGGUUCGCGCUAUGGGUACCACUUUCAUCAACGUCUUCAACUGGGGUCCCAACAUUGUCGUCUCCUCUACCUUUUUAUCCAUGAUGAAGGGCAUGACACCCAGUGGAACCUUUGGCUUUUACGCCGCACUGUGUACCGCUGGCUUGGUCUUUGUGUACUUCUGUUUCCCUGAAGCUUCGAAUAUGACUCUUGAGGAAGUUAGAGAGGUGUUCCAGCAUGGCUUUGGUGUCAAGUAUGCUGAGGAGUGGAGGAAGCAGUACAAGGCUGAUCAGAAGGCUAUGAAGGAGCACGCAGCUUCUGGUGCUGUCUGA